AUGGAUAAUCCACGAAUUGGAUCAUUAAACUCUCUUGCUGAUUAUGGACUCGGUGAGAGUGAUAUUGAAGAUUCUGAUGAUGAAGUACAAGACGAAGAUAGUCGAGUCAAAGUGAUUCCGGCUAGACCAGCUUCAAAUCCUGCAGCUCAGGCAAGAGUGAAAACAAGUAAGUUUUGUCAAGUUUCAGUUGGGGAUAGUCACGCAAAAGGAUGUUACCAGCAUUCCUUCUGGAUGAAAGGCAUUAACAAAUCACCAAGAUAAAAGUUACAUGUACUUCGGUCGCCAAUACUUCAUUCGAAUUGUGCUUGUUAUUAAGGCCAGUGUUACGCAAUUCACCAUGAUAGCUAACUAAGCAGAGUACUCCAAAAUAAAAGGACACAAAAAACGCCUUAUCGCUGAUUAUUCUGCUGUAGCGUCAGCAACAACAACAAACAACCACAAUCUUUAUUGUGCUCUUGGUACAAAAGUGUAAAGACUUUAAAAGGAAAUAAUUGUGAAAAAAGAGAGCACAGCCACUCAGAAAUAGCAAAAGCUGAUCGCGCUGAGUGGCAUCUUCAUUUUAUUGUCUCAAUAUGUUUUACUAACUUGCUUCUUCCUUGCUAAGGUGCCCGCCUGGUAUCAUAUGAUGAUGAAGUAGCAGAUGAGGAUGAGGGAGAAGGAGAAAAGGAGACUAAGGUGAUGUGCUAACCUGGGAGAACAGCCCACAUUUCCCAUUGUUACCACUGGUUUCCCUGCGAAAUAGCGUCUGAGGAACAAGCGCAGUAGAGCUUCUGUUUGGUUAAAAGUUUGCUUCAACUAAUCAGAUAGUUACUGUAUAUUUAUUUGAUUGCCCUUCUUCGUGUCCCACCCUGAAAGAUCAGUAGUUUGUUGGUGUUACCCAAUGGUGCAAUCACAAAAAUUAUGUGUCAUACUGUACAAAAGGUUGAAGAGAUACUUAACAAUACUGUUACCUCACAACAACAAGUGACAAGCCCUAGGAUUUCACGGUAACGAUCAUUUCCUGUACUGUGUCAUUACUGUGAUCUUAAAAUAACAGAACUGGAAAAUAGUUUCCCAGUGACAUGUUCUGAUAUAUUCAGACUGAGGAAUCAAAAUACACAAAUAUAGUAUUUUUCCAGUUGGAUUCUUAACUAGCACAGCAAUUCUUUAUGACCUAGCUUGUGUAAAAAACAAAAUUCUAAAAAAAGUUCCGUUUUUCUAUCAUCCACCAUCUUGAAUCGUUCCCAAAGUGCAUUGCAUGUUACUGAUGACUCAUGCAUGAAAGAUGUUUUACAGUUAGCAGCAGCGAUUGUUAUGGCUUCCAUUGCCAAGAAAAAAAAUAUGUCUCCAAAAGUUUAAAAGCAAUAAUUAGGAUGAAGUCUUUCAGUGACAAUUUCACUGUUGAAACUGAUGAUAAGGCCCGAAUCUCGUUAUGAAAAGACAAGAUCUGUAGCGAACAUUUCAAGUGAGAAUACUUACUUCUUUAGUUGAAUUGAAGAGGAGUCUGGAGUUUUUGACACUAAAGUGCACACACAUUUAACACAUUUAACAUUGACAUUCUUCUGACAUUUUAACAGACAUUGAAGUUUUUUGUAAAUAAUAAGUACACACUGAUGUUCUUUAAUUUAAAAGUAUGUUUAACCACAUGUUUCCAGGAAACAGAUACUGAACUGAAAAAUGAAAUAAAAGUGGGUUCCCAUGAAUUUUCACGGAACCAAAAAAUUAUUCCCAAUAGUUUCCCAUGAUCUCUAGGCACGGAACUGAAAAAUUGUUAUCUGUGGGAUUUGAAAUCCUGGGGCUUGAAGUAACCAAUAAUUCAAUGCAAGGAAAUACCCAAAAUAUUACUUAUUGAUAUUUUUGGGUGAAUAAUAGGAAAGUGGAAUCUUGGUGGAGACACAAGAGGACACAACAGACAAAGAAAAAGGUAUGAUCAGCCUUAGUGUGUAACCAAGACAUACCAAUUACAUAUCAAAUUACAUUUUGUAUGAUCUUGCGCAGUGAUUUUGUUACAAAUAAUUAUGGUGAGUCCUGGGACUCAUCUUGUGAAAAAUCAUGAGUCCCAGUCCAGAACCAUUGAGUCCCAGUUCAAAAAAAAAUUGCAUCUUUGGGGAUAUUUAUACAUCAGGGACGCAGGACACAGAGGUAACAAAAUUACUGUCUUGUAAGCCUACUUGAAGCUGACAUUGUACAAAAUAGUGAAGACUGGGUCCUGAAUUGCAGCUAGUUUGAGUAUUAGGCUACAUCAAAAAUUUUCAGCGUCACAUACUUGGAGAUAGAUGCCAGUGUAAUAUAGAUGUUCAGUACAUGAAUUAAUAAUUGGUAAUGAAUUGAAUAAUUAUUAUUCAGGGCUCAAAAUUAAAAAAAUCUUCAAGUCGCCUUUUGGCGACCAACUGGAGAAAUAUAGUCUUGAGUUUGUAUAAUGUAAAUGACGCAUCUUAUAGUAUCAGGGCUUCUGAUAUAUAGCGUGGGGGUGCGAAAUUUAGGUAAAUCCGCGAAAUCUUGUGAAAGUCACCAAAGCAUGCAAAAUACCGCGAAAUUCACUGGAAAAUUUAACAAAUACAUGUCGAUACAACAUAUUAGAAACUUAUCUUGGCUAUUGGGGCUGUUUAACUGCUGUAAACUUGAAAAUUUAUCUUGAAAGUUCAUCACCACAACAAGCGAACAAUGUCCCAAAACUACAAGGCAUAAAUUAUGUUGUGAAAAACUGGGCACUAGUCAUGAUGUUAAAAGCUUUGCCAUUGGCUAAUUUCUCAAACACUUUGCUGUUAAAAUAGCAAAUGAUUAUCUCUGUUUAAAAACAUUAAACACGCAUCAAGUCAGCAUAAAAUCAAUCAAUUUCUAGCAAAAUUGGCCCAGAAAAUUCCCACAAAAUUGGCCGUUUUUUACUGAUUGUUUAUCCGCAAAGUUAGCCCUGAAAAUUUCUGUGAAUCUGUCUCCGAAAAUCCCUCAAAAAUUGGAAUUUUUUCCGCAAAUUAUCAGAAGCCUGUAGUAUGGCGUGAUACAUCAGAUCUGAUUGCUUGAAAAUGUCGCGGACAGAAAAUUAAUUGGUAUAAAUUUGGAGGUAAACUGGCUUUGUUUAACGACUUGGCACAUUUUUUAUGAUGAAAGCAAAGUAAGAUAAGAUGAAAUGUUUGUUUUAACUUUACUCUUUUAAUUUAAAUCUAAAUCAUAGAGAAAUCUGGUCGCUAAAGUUUUUAGUCGCCAACUGAAGGAGAAAAUUUUAGUUGCAUUGGCGACCGUAUCAGUAGCAAUUUCGAGCCCUGUUAUUGCACAACUUAAUUGCCUAACUCAAGUGUACUUUGUCAAGAUAAUUUUAGAUAAUCAUCAGGGUGCAAAGAAAGUGAGUAGGACUGAUUACAGUUCUUCUGUAAUAUGAAUUCCUCAAAAAACUUUACCUGUCCAUCAGGCAAUUUGAGAACAGAAUUCACAGCCCAGUAGCAAAAUCCACUAGCCCCAGGGCUAUCGGACACCAGUUUCAUGCAUGCUGAAUCAUGAAUUAUUACCAUAUCGAGUGAUGAUUCCAUUGCUGUCUGUUUCUAAUUUUUUUGGUUUGUUUGUUUCCUUUUUUUUAUUGUCAGUUCCAAGUACAAAUGAUAGCCCUGAAGAAAUGGCAAUCACUGAACCACUGGUUCCUGAGCCUGAGGUACAAUGUAAAUUGCAGUGUGCUUGUUAAUAAUUAGGACUUUUUAUAAUAAAAAUACAUUUUAUUAUUAUUGUUAAUAUUAUUAUUAUUAUUAUUAUUAUUAUUAUUAUUAUUAUUAAAGAUGAAAUAACAACAACAUGAUAUGAUAUAUUAUUAUUAUUAUUAUUAUUAUUAUUAUUAUUUGAUGGUUAAAGCUUACUCUCUUACGUUAAUUAAAUGGUUGUUGAGAGGAAAGGAAGUCAUAAAAUAAAAUAAUGCAUAAAAAAUUGUCAGCUCUACUUGUACCUGUACAUGUAGGCAAUUUUAAACACCCCUCCAAUGAGCUUCUGAAAUUUUACCCAGCAGGGUUUUCUUGAAGAAUUCUAGUAAUGGAGUAAGGUUUAUCGUUACAGGAGAAUAUUUUGAGAGAGGCUCCACAUCUGAAUAAAAAAUAGUCAAAGGCUACCGAACAUCAGCCAAAGAAUUCUGCACAGUGAACAGUGAAUUCUCUGAUCUCCACUGCCUAAUGAACACCCUGACUCAGAGCUGAAGUUGGAGUAUUAAAUCAAAUUCAUCCCGUUAGCUCUCAGCCUCUUGUUGCUUAUUCUCUAUGACUGCAACACAAUUGAACGAUAAAAUUUGCAAUAAUAAGUAUUACCUCUAAUAUAUUAUUAAAAUCUUCAGGUGGCUGAUGCUGAAAAUACGGCACCUGAAGAAAAAAGCUCCGAAACAGGUAAAAUAAGUGACCAAAAUUGACAUGAUUGUUACCAAUGUCCUUUACAAUGUUAAGGGUGUUAUUGACUGACCAAGAGGAAGGUCUGCAUGGCUGGUUAUUAGCCAAGCUGCUUUUUGUGGUGUUACAAAUAUGUGCAUGAACUGUUAUGUAUAUGUAUGGACUGAGAAGAUGUUGAGAAAAGCGUAGUCGAUAAAACUUAGUCAGUAAAGGAUUUACAAUGUAGUAUUGAUAGUCAUCUUGAUCAAAAAGCUAAGUCAAUAAAGGUCAGUAAUAAAAUGAUUUUUCUUUUUUAUUAUUUCUUGUGGAAGAAAGUGUGUUGUUGCGAGGGAACAAGAUAGGCCCAUCUUGCCUACUUGGGUAGCUUAAUUCAGGAUUCACCCAAUCUUGCCAGCUUGCCAGCCACAUAUUUAAAAAUAUGUUUUUCUCUCCUGCCACUGCAAGUGGAUGAUCUAGAUGAUAUGAGUUAAAAGUUGCAUCCACUCAUAUACAAUGUCAUGUACUAUAAACUUAACUUUUCACUACUUUUAUUACCACAUGGGAGGUCAUACAAACUGCAUUAGUAUGGCAUACUAAUUUAUUAUAUAUGUUUUAGUUAAAUUUUUUAUUUCAGUUAAUUAAUUUUUUGUUUUUCCUUUGUUUUAAAUUCAUUAGCAUGCAUUACCAUACCCAAAAACAAUGGCAAAAUAAAAAUUAACUGCAGCAUAUAUAUACAGCACAUACUGGGAUAUGCUCACUGAAAAGCUAUGUUAUACACAAUUAAGUUCUAGCCAAUCAGAGGAGUUUAUUGUGUUUGUCACAGGCGAAAAAGAUGACAUAUCCAAUCAGAAUCACGAGCAAUGUUUUUUCACUUGUGUGAGAAAUGGUACAACCAAUCAAAAGCCACAGCGGUGCAUGCCACUUGCAGUGGUCAUGGACAGUGCUGUGGAGUGUACAUAAUUUUUUUUUAUUUAUUAUAUGCAGACUUGUAAUUUGUUAAUCUAGCCAUGUUCUUGUUUACUACAUCUAGAUGAAAGUCUUUUCCUUGUUAUUUUAGCAGAAGAUUCUGAUGUUGCUGUGAAAUCAAAACCAAUUCCAGCAAUAACAAUGCCUCAGUUGCCGCCUGAACCCACUGGCCGAUGUUCUAACAAACUUCAGGUGAUUCUCUUCACUGACUUACAAAUUGUAUUUUGUUGUCUGUUAAAGGUUAAACUUGAUUAAAAUUGUAUAUGGUUUCUUCUUUCUUCUCCAGGAAAAAAUAAUUGAUCUUUUAGAAAAGAAGCACAGAAAAAAUCUUGACUUAAAUACCAACAUACAGAACAGAAAAGAUUUUAGAAACCCAAGGUGAGCAGGGGGAAAAAUGUUGAUUGAUAUUGGUAUGAUUUGUUGAUUUGUGAAUGAGGUUUGUGAAGAUCUUGGUAUGGCUUCUCCAGUCUGAACAAUUUCCAGUGUCUUUUCAUGUGGAAACGUCAUUAUUACAUAAUUAUUUGUAAUUCAGUACAUUUUUUUUGAUUUUACUAAACCUCUAAAAUAGAUUAAUAGACUAAAUUGUACAUGUACCAUGCUGUUACAUGUAUACUCUCAUUUCAUUUUUUUCUUUUGGUUACAAUAGCUAUUUGUCACUUUUUAUUAGAUGCUGUUUCAUGGGUUUAGUAGAACCACUCUAAAAAAUAAUAAUGCUUUGUUUCAGUAUUUACAAGAAGCUUCUGUCAUACCUUAAUCUGGAUGAAACAGGCAGUAAUUACCCUAAGGUAUUGAAUCAACUUUUUGUCAUGUACACCUGAACCAUAAUUUUGUAUGUUUUGUUUAUAGAUUAGAUAUUUGUGACAAAUGUAGUUGAAAAAAGGGAAUUUAAGAUAAAAUGUCAUGUAUGACAUCUUAGCUAGAAAUUACUCUAACAGUUGGAUGAACACCACCAAAAUAAUUCUGCUCUGCUAAUUUAGUAGAAAUUAAGUUGUAGCUAAUAACUAUAAAGUGAAUUUCCUGCUUGUUUGGGUUGACAAUUACUUUAUCUGUAGCAUGUUCUCUUCUCAAAGUUGCAUUGUGCUUGCAUGCACUAUACAAAAUAAUGAUACGCUUUGGAUCCUAAGAAGGUCCUUGAUGACUUGUCCUGCCAUACAGUAGGUCUUCAAUGUACAGUGUAUUUAACAAUUAUUCCUCGAGCCUGAAUGGGCUCAGAGGCCAUGAGGGCAUGAGAAAUAAUAAUGUUUUAGUAAAAUCCAACUAGUUGGUCAAAAAAAUCGAGACUAAAAAAAAUUUAGCUAGUUAAAAGCUAGACUUAAAUCCUUUUCGCCGCCAAAAAGCCCGCCCUUUUCGCUACUAUGGGGCUAUAACAUAUAGCCUAGUAGUAGCUCAACCAAUCAACCAAUGGAUUUUACUUAAGUCUUUUAUCUCAAAUUCUCUAAUAACAGAAAAAAUACCAUAGUACAUGGUCAUGACAGAUUGAUGUUCAUUAAGGUGUUUCAAAGGCAGUUCUAAAAGUGUGUGACAAUAGAGAGGAGCAGUCGUUACAUCACAUUGCCAUGGUGGCAUAAAUUUAAAUGACAACCAACCGAAAACUUCACUUAAAACAGUGAAUUUGCACUGCUUCAAACUUCAUCGAUCUCAAUUUUAUUUAAUUUGUCAAAUGUUUGCGAAAUUUUCUGGGGUUGAAUCCGAAAGGACCAUAUCUAAGUUUAGAAAAAAAAGUACAAUUUCUGUCUUGUGUUCACUUGGUCCAUAAAGUGAGUGUGUAAAAUUAGGAAGUUUCAUGUCGCAGUAGUGCAACGAUGGAAAAGAAUUGUGCAAAGAGCAUGAUGAACGUUCUCCUUGUUGUCUCCGUCAUCGUUGGUUUUGUUUUUAUCCAGAAAUAAUAGUGCUACCAUGGUAAUGUGACGUCACACCUCUCCUCUCUAUUAAACAAAAUUUAGAAAAACAUAAACCAAUACAGCCUUGUACCCAAGCCAGUUCGCACUAUUCGAGUUACCAGAGGAGGCUUGGAACCGAGUGCGAUAGCAAACUUUCCCGACAAGCUUGACAGGUGACGUCACAUCUGAAAUCGCCGAGGCGACUGGGAACGAGGCUGGAACCAAUAGACAUUUUUACCGAUACGGUGGCCAUAUUGAAUUCACUAAAUUUAAGGAGUAUUAUGGGAUGCCCAGGGGGCACUCGCUAAGUAUUUACGCACGCUUUUCGGGCAAAAAGAGAACUUCACUGUAUAUUUCCCUGGAAAAAGGCACUCAUUAUUACAUCCAAACACGGCACAACGAUCUUUUUUCCCAUUGCAAUCUUUUUCUCGGAAACCUUAAAGAAAAAAUAGCCCGAAAAGCGCGCGUAAAUACUAGGCAAGUAUAUUGGGACGUGCUCAUGCCCCCCGGGGCAUCCCAUAAUACUCUUAAAUCCAAGUAAUUCAAUAUGGCCGCCGUAUCGGUAAAAAGGUCUAUUCCAAUUAGUAAAGCAUGAACCUAUGCCGCAAUACUAUGCAAGGUGUUUAUUAUAGUUGCAUAUUUGCUAGUAAGAGUGUUUUGUUUACUCAGUGUGUGUGUGUUUUUUUCUCUUGAUGUAGAGCUUGUUUGACCCCACAUGUUGGACAGAGGAGUCGUAUUAUGAAAAUUUAUGUAUGUACAAGUAAAUUCAUUUAUCGUUGUGCCUUGGUGAGAAGUCACAAUGUUAUUGUUGAAUUUUUAUCCUUCAUUUUUUAAAUGGAAUUUAAAAAUUUUAUUUUCCUUUGUUUUGAGCAUGCUUAUAUACAACUACAGUCCCUCCUACUCCAACUUACGUUAAUGUGGAAGAUCGUAAAAAAUAACACCUUCUUACGUUGUAAGACAUGUCCCGAGUUCAAAAAAUUCAGUUACUGAGUGACCAGUUUGUUUGCCCGUUUUAUUUGUUUGGUCUUCUUCGGACUCUGUAGUACUGAUUUUUUUCGUUCUUAAUUUAGCCAAAGUUCAGAAAGAAGCUUAUGAAAAAAAGGAAAAAGAAAAAGCAAAGCAAGCAAGGACACAUGUAAGUUGUUUAUAGUUAACUUACAGGCUAGAAAUGAGAGUGAGAUUUUAUUGAACCAGUUUCUAAUCUUGAUGAAGAAUCAAGCUGUUAGCUGAUAUCGAGUUAAUUUUUUUCUCCUGAAGGUGGAAUUUUUGUCAGGGACCAAGAAACCAACUCAAGGUGAAUGUUGAAACCUUUUUUUGCGAUGGUCAAUAGUAGUAAGCGACUCACACCUGUAGACCUAGUUGAACGGGAUGUAGUCUUGAAAAGGACCGGUAAUUGUCAUCAACAGUCUUAUAUGUGACCUACAGCUGUACUGAUAUUACUUGUCGUCUGGGUUCAAAUAAUUUUAUACGGUUACCGGUCGUUUCGAUACAAGUUCUUCAGUCGAGUUGUAAAUAGUUUCACGACGUCCUUGGCUUAAAGAACGAAGAAUAUUUACCCAAAAUGUUUUUCUUGUUCACGCACAAACUAUACUUGAAGUGAACGAAGUUUUUGUGCAGUUUCACUGCUUAAGUUCGUAUCGAAACAACGACCGGUUUCCUUGUAUCCACUUGUUACAAAGUAAUGACUUGUUGUCCACUAUUCAGCUGCAUGAACGCGGAAGGUUAGUCCUGAAGCAGUAGACAGACAUAAGAGUCUGCCUAAGGCAAUUCCAGCCUCAGACCUCAGUUUGUGCCAAGCCUUCCUUUCAAGUGCAUCCAAAGAGAAAAGAAAUUGAAAUUUUUGUUAUGGUAUCGAUUUGUCAGAACGCGCUUUAUCUAAAACGCUGCCAACUGUAUCGCCUAGAUUUAAUUAACAGCCAAACACAAAGCCUAGUAAUAAAACCUCUUCGUUCCAAGGGCCUUCCCUAUACAUGUAUCUUUCUCCCUCGAACCUGGGAAAUAAGGUUAAUGUGAUACAAAAUACGAGCGAUAAAAGAGGUGGAGUGCACGUACGCGUCAUUGACGUACGUUCUUCCCCGGUUAUUUUAUGACGAGCCCAGGGGAAUGUUUCUCGAAAUUCCCGGUAAUUUUUCGGGUUAAAUAAACACUUGCCGGUCCCAGCUAAUAAGCAAGUCCAUCUCAAUUUGUUAACAGAUAGUUUUUGUCAUGUUAUUUGCAGAACUAUUUAAACCUCUAUCUUGAAUGUAAACAACAACAACAGCCCUCCGGGUCCGUAACGUCCGUUCGAGAAGCAGGUCCCUGGUGAUGGAAACUUUGACCUCCCGCUCCACAGAACAGCGCUAACUACGUAUUAAAGUCCUUUUGCGGUGAAUGAGAAAGCUAACCAAUAAGAAAUUAGCUCCAUCUUUGUUUCAAAAACCGCUCUAAAACAGAAUAAACCGAGGGAAAAAAAGUAAUUUGCGCAACCUCGCGUCAUUUUAAAACUGCGAGUUUCCUUUUUUUUCUUCUUCUUCUCUUUAUAGGCGAGGAGCCAAAGAAGCGUAAAAGCAAAUGGGAUGUGAGCGUCGUACCCGCUGCUGCUCCUGUCAAAACCGCGACACCGCCCACCAGGGUUGGAGGCCUGGGGCCUAGUGUUGUUGCUGCUGUUGAUCUAACAUCCGCUGCCAAAAAGCCUAAAAUAGUGUCAUGACAGCAGCCGGCACUUUUGCAUUUCAAACUGCUUUCCGUCUAGAUAGCUACUUAUUAUGUUUAUACGUAAAUGACUAUUGUAUCUGAAAAUAAUAAAUGUACA